UUCAAAACCCCUCAGUAUUGAUAGUACAGUUCGACAUCAAGGUUUACGAUUAAGGAUUAAGAACUUUAAAAGUGACUGAAAGUCAAUAAAAAUGAUUCGCACAUUGCUAAGCUACUUCCUUGGUUUCGGUAUAUUUUCAUCGAUCCUCUUUCUGGGUUUCAAUAUGGACAAGGUGAUGGGCCCUGCACAACGCAGAGGAUUCCUAUGUGGAGAUGUAAGCUUAAGGCAGCCAUAUGUCGCAGAUACCAUAGGAUACAUGUCAUUAUACAUGGUUGGAGUGGCCAUACCUUUGGCAAUUAUAAUUCUCAAUGAACUGAUGCAGCAUUUGUGGGUGCGAAAACAAAAAAACAAGGCCCACAACGGAUUCAUCUCUCAAUUGUUUUCGGUAGUGAAACCCUUCUUUUAUGGUUUUGCAACGGAGAGAUUUUUAAAAAGUACAACCAAAUUUAUUGUGGCUCGUUUGAGGCCUCAUUUCUAUACCGCCUGCCAGCCAAUAACGCAAGAUGGAGUAUUCUGUGAUGAUAAAACCGAAGAAAAUUUCUUUGUGCUAGACUAUAAGUGUACGGAAGAAGUGAGCGACACUACCUUCACCUCCUUUCCCAGUGGUCAUUCAAGUCUAGCAUUUUACGGUCUUGUCUAUGCGGCCAUUUAUUUGGAAAAAUUUGCUAGACGUAGCAGGGAGGGGGAAUGCCGUUUCAUAUCAGCUAUCUAUGGACCUUUGGUACCAGUUUUGCAAUUGCUAUGCCUGAUGUUGGCCACAAGUGUUGCUAUUAGCCGUGUUUUUGACUUUAAACACUUUUGGUCGGAUAUUUUUGCAGGAUCACUUUUGGGUAUUGUGACGGCUGUUAUGUUUUCCGUGCAACGAAAGAGAGACUUAUUUACUGAUGAUAUGAUGGGGGGAACACAAGAAGAUUCCUCGUGCUAAGGAAAUGAAAAUUGCCGUUCUAUUCGAAUGGGUUGUUGUAAAGUGGUAAUGGAAAUUAUAACUACGUAAGAUUUGUUUAUAUGAAAAAUUGCAUAUCGUAUAAGGUUUACAUGAAAGUAGUGAUUGAAAAAAGGAGUUGAAGCAAAAUGAAAUAUAAAUAUCAUUAUGUGUUUUAUAAAUAUAAUCCUUUAAUAUUAUCUUUGAUUCAAAGUUAUAAUAUUAUAAAAAUAAAAUUUUAUACAAAUUUUGGGAAA